UGGGCACUAUUCAUCAGUAAACAUGGCGGCAAAUUCAGUUCGUAUGRGUUUAAUUGCUUAAAAUAUUUCUGAUUUUAAGCGUCAUAUAAGUGAUUCUGUUGUAUGAUAUGCCUUUUCUGUAGCUCAAUGUCAUAGUUUCUUUUAAAACCGAAAUCGAGGACAGUAGAUACGAUUUUCGACGAAAGUUACUCGAUCGUUAUGGAGGUCGAGGACGAUUGCAAAGCCCGCCAAAACGACCCAAAUGGGAUUCUUAAAGAGGAAUGUGAGCAAAUUUGGGAGCAAAUCUUCGAGAUUUAUUCAAGAAUCCAWGCAAGAAAUGAAAGCUGCCCAUCAAAAUCAGUUGACAUUGACGGCGAGGAGGAAAUACAUGCCAUGAUUYUAAAGGCCAAAGAAAAAAAGAUACAAGCAGAAAUAUCUGCUCAACAGGAUGACAAAAUAGCAGUCCCCAGAAAAAAAUUACAACCAGAUGAAUAUCAAAUAAAGCUUCAGUUGGCCAACAGAGCUUCUCAGUUAGAGGAAACAUUGUUAGUUGUAAAAAAUCAGAAACAAGACAUUCAGCAUAAACUUGAAAGGGAGGAGGMAAUACUGCAACAACAUCAAGAAAUUCAAGAAUCACUCCAACAAAAAAUAAGAAAGUUAGAAAUGGACAAAGAAAACCAACAAAGCAGUCACAGUGAAAUUAAGAAUUUGGAGUUGAAAACCCAAAGAGUGGAGAAAAACUUAAGUGGACUUGUGAAAAAAUUGGGUGCUUUCAUUAAGGAACAUUUUCCACUGCCAAAGAUAGAUGAUCAAGAGUCCCUUAAGUACAGUGAAUCUGGGCAGACAUACAUCUCUCUCCAAGAACUAUUGGAGGUGUUAAUCAAGAAACUCUUCGACAGCCCAAAUGACCCAUACAUUACCAUCAUGCCUUGYCAUUGGCCUCCUUAUAUAGAGUUGCUAUUACGAUGCGGGGUUGCACUAAGGCAUCAACAUGAUAGCAAUUUCAUUAGACUUGAGGCAUUUCAGUCCUGAUGGGAAUAGCCAAAUAGCCAAUGAACAGCCUUGACACAGUAAUGUUUUGUUAUAUAUUUUGGAUGGAUUUAAAACAAGUGAAAAUCAAACAAAAUUAUUAUUUUUUACUAAUCACUAUGAUUAUAAAUACAAGCAUUUGAAAUGUAUGACUAAAAUGCACAGAGCACUAUUACACUAAUAAUAAUUGCAAUUAUUUGGUUACUUUUUAAUUACCAUGAUAUGGGAUCAAGCUAAUGUACAUGUUUAUUACAGUGAAGUAAAUGCCAUACAUGCAUGAAUCGACAAUGAAAACACAAUAGCACAAUACCCUUGGUUAAUAUGUAAUAUGUAAACAAACCGGAGUUUGAAUGUUAAUCUCCUGCAAUGGGCAUUAGACUAAUACAUGACUGGUUCUAAUAGAGUAAUGUCAAUAUACAUGUACCAGUGAAACAACAUUUGACCAUUAUAGUAAUAGUAACAGACACAAUAAGAAAACUAGAACAAUUAGAGCAUACUAAGGUGUAUUAGACUAUUGUACUGUAUGUAUCAACAGAAGUGACACAUGUCACUCUGCCCCAAUCCCUUUUGAUAGAGCCUGAUAUUCAGGCAAUCUGAUACUUGAAACAAGAUAAUAAUUAUUAAAAUAAUUA